AUGGAUUCGGGAAGCGAAAGCAGUCUGGCUAGCUCUAGCAUAAGUACAGCUAGUACAAGCACAUUUUCUUCAUCCCGAUUAUGUCCACUUCGUGAGUUUAUAGAUAAAACUAGUAAUGAUGAAAAGAAACGUUUUGACAAAAAACUGGCACGCGCUAUUUAUUCAUCUGGCUCUCCAAUACAGAUGGUAGAAAAAGGAUACUGGAAGGAAUUUUUUAAAGCCAUUAAACCAUCCUAUACAUUGCCAAGUAGGCAUGAUCUAUCCCAUAAAUUACUGGAUGCAGAGUAUGAAACACUGCAGGGUGAUGUUAUGACCAAAAUUCGUACUGCUGAAACUGUCUCCGUUCAGUGCGAUGGGUGGUCAAAUAUAAGAAAUGAAGCGGUCUUAAAAUUCGUUGUAACAACACCAAAGCCGGUUCUUCUCAAAACCAUGACUACAGGUGCAGAAAGUCAUACUGGAGAGUACAUUGCCCAGGAAUUAGGAAAGUGUAUAACAGAAAUUGGACCAGGAAAAAUUAUGGCUAUAGUGUCAGACAACGCUGCAGCCAUGGAAAAGGCAAAACAAAUUAUUGCAACGCAAUUUAACUAUAUAACAAUCUAUUCUUGCGUAGCACAUAGUCUGAAUCUUUUAGUAGGAGACAUUAUGAAGCUUAAUUCUUUCAGAAAUGUAGAGUCAUCUUGUAAAGAAAUUAUUAAAGAGAUCAAUGGAUCUCACAAAAAUCUUGCCUGUUUUAACAAAAUUCAAUUAGAUAAAUAUCAUAAAGUAAGAAGUUUAAAACUCCCAGUCAAGACUCGUUGGGGGUCGAUUUUAUAUUGUGUGGAAAGUUUGAUUCUGACUAAAGAAGCCUUACAAAUAUUAAUUGUCAGCCAGGACAGUAAGGGCGUAAAAUUUUCUAAAAAUGUCAGAGACCAUAUUUUGGAAAAUGAUAUUUUCUGGGUAAGACUUGACAAGCUAAAAGGAAUUCUAAGCCCUAUAGUUAAAUGGAUAACGGUUUUAGAAGGCGAUGCAGCACGAAUUUCUCAGGUUUUUAUAGCUAUAUCGGAAAUUGAGGGUUAUAUUUACAAAGAUAAUGUUAAAUCGCUACUAAUAAAAUCCAACGAAGAAAAGGAACUUACUUCCUUGUUUAAUAAAAGAAGAGACCGUAUCUUAAAACCUAUCCAUUUAGCUGCCUAUUUACUGGACCCUUCUUUUAAUCAAUCUGAAUUGGAGCUAAAUAAUGAACAACAUAUUACAGCAAUGCAGUUCAUAGACAAUUUGAUUUCAAACCAUCCUCAGUUUCAAGAACAUAAAGAAACUAUUAUUCUUGAGCUCACGAAUUACUUAGGCAGGAAUGAUAUAUGGAGUAUCAAUUUUGUGUGGGAAAGUGCCAAAAAAUCUGACUGCAUUACUUGGUGGAAAGGUAUUUGUAAUAAAACCAAACUUAAAAAUGUAGCUGUUGCCAUUCUGGGGUUACCACCAUCAACUGCUGCUACAGAAAGAUCGUUCAGUACCUCUUCUUUUAUUCAUUGUAAAAAAAAGAAAUAG